CAGGAAACAAUAAAAACAUUGAACACUCUUCAGUCCAAUGCAUCUGUCAUUGAGGAUAGCAAGCAGAAAAAAAUUUACUACAAAUCUUUGAUCGUCAUGGAUGAGAUGUGCAGAAGAGCUAAGAUUAAUAUUGAUGAUUUGGAUAAGUUGAAGAUCAUCCACGUAAGUGGGACUAAAGGAAAAGGAUCAACAUGUGCCUUUUCAGAGAGUAUCUUGAGAUAUCAUGGAUACAAGACAGGAUUUUAUAGCUCUCCCCAUAUUGUAGAAGUCAGGGAAAGAAUAAGAAUUAAUGGAAGGCCUCUAGCUAAAGAUUUGUUUUGUAAUUAUUUUUGGGACUGCUAUAACAACUUGAAUUCUACAAAGGCUGAUCGCAAUGAUGCUAUGCCCGGCUAUUUUAGAUUCCUAACGAUCAUGGCUUUCCAUACAUUCCUGCAGGAAAAAGUUGAUGUGGCAAUUGUUGAAGUUGGAAUUGGGGGUCACUAUGACUGUACUAACAUUAUUAAAAACCCGUCAAUAUGUGCAGUAACCAACCUCGGAUUGGACCACACAAAUGUUCUGGGUAGUACCAUUGAGGAGAUUGCAUGGAAUAAAGCUGGCAUAUUCAAGGAGUACAUCCCUGCUCUAACGGUCCCCCAAAAUGCGGACGCCUUCAAAGUCCUACAGGAACGAUCAAUUGAACGUAAGGCUCCACUCAUCCAAUGCGUGCCAGAUGAGCGCAUGACUCACGUUCAACUGGGUAUUCCUGGCUUCAUGCAAGCUUACAAUGCUUCGUUGGCCGUCAAGAUAUGUGAGAUGUGGAUGGAGGAUGAGAAUAAACACCUAAUCACUAACCAUCCUGAUUCAUAUAUCACUCGCCUGUUUGAAGGUCUGACUAACUGCAACUGGCCGGGGAGAUGCCAGAAGGUAGAGAGGGGUCCAGUGAUGUACUACCUGGAUGGUGCUCACACGGAGGAAAGCAUUGAUGUAUGCACCAAAUGGUUUCUGGAAGAAAUGGACCAAGGAUCAAAAAGGGACAAACGCCACAAACGCUCAGUUCGCAUACUCUUGUUCAACUCAACUGGUGACAGGCAGCCAUGUAAUCUACUGAAAGGAUUGCUGAAAUGUAGAUUCGACUACGCCGUAUUCUGCCCAAACAUUCAGAGACCACCGACCAGCAGUGACAAAAGCGCUUCCCUCAAAUCAGGUUUCAACUCUUCAAUUAUUAUUUAUUGUUUGUCAUUACUUGUUAUCAGCUAUUAUUAUUCUUCAUUAUUAUUCUUUAUAUUAUUCGUUAAUGUUAUGCACAUUUCCAGGUGA